GAACAGCGGAUGACAGCUUGUCUCUCAGACAUUUUCUGCGCUUCAGCUCCACUUUUGACGUCAGGAAAAAUCAGGCGGCUUCAUCCGGGUCUCCCGCUGCUUCCUUCAGUCCCGUUCAGACCCGAACAGAGACAGGAGCAGCGAGGACGUGAAGCGGAGCGGCGGCUGGAGCAGCACGGCCCGGUCCAGAGCGCAACACCGGCCCGGUCCAGAGCGCGGCUCCGUCUCCAUCUGCUGCACUUGGGCUCCUGUGGACGCGUCGGGAGGAUGUUCGCGCUGCGGCUCAACAAGUCUCCGUCGUUCUUGUGUCGUUAAGUGGAUGGCUGCGGAAUGGAGAUAGCCUUGGUGAGCUUUGAGAACGGCGGCGCCAAAGGGAGCGGCGGCAGCAAUGCGGAGGAGAGCUGCCGGAACGCGCUGGAUGUGCCUCAGUCGGGCUUCGUUCAGAGCGGACUCGGAGAGGACUUCGGGAAGGAGCUGAACACCCGAGGAAGCUCCGGUCCUCCUCCUCCUCCUCCUCCUCAGCAGCAGAGCGCCUGGAAGAUCAACGACAUGAACAACACUUUCAGCUGCAGUGAGAACGCCAUGGAUGCGCUUUUACGCGCGGACCACAGUCCCCAUCUGUUCGACGAGGACAUGCUGGACAUGGACAUGGACACGGAGAGCAACGAGAGGGUUCUCAUCAACAUCGCCGGGCUGCGCUACGAGACCCAGCUGGGAACCCUGAACCAGUUCCCGGACACGCUGCUCGGAGAUCCCGCCAAGAGGAUCAAAUACUUCGACCCGCUCCGGAACGAGUACUUCUUUGACCGCAACAGGCCGAGCUUCGACGGGAUCCUGUACUUCUACCAGUCCGGGGGCAAGAUCCGGAGACCCGUCAACGUGUCCAUCGACGUGUUCGCGGAUGAGAUCCGGUUCUACCAGCUGGGGGAGGAGGCUAUGGAGCGGUUCCGAGAGGACGAGGGUUUCAUCAAGGAGGAGGAGAAGCCGCUGCCGCAGAACGAGUUCCAGAAGCAGGUCUGGCUCAUCUUCGAGUACCCGGAGAGCUCCAGCCCCGCGCGGGGCAUCGCCAUCGUGUCCGUGAUCGUCAUCACCAUCUCCAUCAUCACCUUCUGCCUGGAGACGCUGCCGGAGUUCCGGGACGAGCGCGAGCUGCCGGUGACCAGCCGGCUGGACAACAGCACCGCGCCGCGACCCUCCCUCACCUUCACGGACCCCUUCUUCAUCAUCGAGACCACGUGCGUCAUCUGGUUCACCUUCGAGCUGUUCGUGCGCUUCUUCGCGUGUCCGAGCAAGUCCGAGUUCUCUAAAACCAUCAUGAACAUCAUCGACAUCAUGUCCAUCAUGCCUUACUUCAUCACGGUGGGCACCGAGCUGGCGGAGCAGCAGGGCCAGGAGCACCAGAACGGCCAGCAGGCCAUGAGUCUGGCCAUCCUGAGGGUCAUCCGCCUGGUCCGGGUCUUCCGGAUCUUCAAGCUGUCCAGACACUCCAAGGGGCUCCAGAUCCUGGGCCAGACUCUGAAGGCCAGCAUGAGGGAGCUGGGGCUGCUCAUCUUCUUCCUCUUCAUCGGAGUCAUCCUCUUCUCCAGCGCCGUCUACUUCGCCGAGGCGGACGAACCGGAGUCUCACUUCUCCAGCAUCCCGGACGCCUUCUGGUGGGCCGUGGUCACCAUGACGACGGUGGGUUACGGGGACAUGAGGCCGGUGACGGUCGGAGGGAAGAUCGUGGGUUCGCUGUGCGCCAUCGCGGGCGUGUUGACCAUCGCGCUGCCGGUUCCGGUCAUCGUGUCCAACUUCAACUACUUCUACCACCGGGAGACGGACCAGGACCAGUCCUCCCUGAAGGACGAGCCGAACAGCGGCAGAACCAGCCCCGAACUGAAGCGCAAAGGCAGCAAAUCCUCCACCAAGUCCCAGGACGCGGAGAACAACGAGGCGGGCGCAGCGGUGGAGAAGAACAUGAAGGCGAACAGCAGCUUGGACCUGAAGAGGUCCCUGUACGCCUUCUGCCUGGACACCCGGGAGACCGACCUGUAGAACCAGAACCAGCAGAGAGCAGAGCUGAGCCCGCUGUCAUGGAGAGUUUUCUAAAAAGCACAUUUAAUCCGCUGGUCUGAUGCACCCAGCGGCCCUUUAACUCACAGAACACCUCCAAAGCUGAUGAAGCAGAGCCAGCAGGACAUCAUUAGAGAGAGGAUUAGAGCUGCAACAGCCCAUAAUAAGCAGAACCAGACACAAGCCUUUUUGCUCUUUGUGUAAAUAUUCCAGCUGCUGGAUUCUGGAGGAAAAAAAGUCUAUUUUUUGACACCGCUCAGGUGUGAAACUUCUUCUCAGAGGACCUCAGCCUUGUUCUGCUCCUUUUAAGCCACAGAACAUUUUUCUUUUUUAAACUAAAGGACAGAACAUGGAAGUAUGCAGAACCAGAACCAGAACAUCGUCUGGAGAGCCCAGCAGCACUGGAACCAGGUGAGUGUUCAGGAGAACUGCUCUCAGGUUCUUCAGAUCCACUGAAGACGGUGUUUGGUUUCUGCUUUAGCUCUGAAGCUGUUUGUCAGGAAAUACCGUCUAAAAUGAUCAGUUAGCUUUAAUUCAUUCAGAGGUGCACGAUCCAAAACAGAUUUCAUGGAUUCUGCUCUCAGAUUAUUGGUCUUUAUAAAGAAUAUU